CCGGGAUCCAGCUUGUUGGAAAGCUUUGCGGUGCGGGCGAGUACCCUGGGCCCAUUUUUGGGGUCUAGGGGUCGCCUGAGUCGGCUGUUGCAGCCAUGGCGGCCUCCACCGCGGCCGGGAAGCAGAGGAUCCCCAAAGUGGCCAAGGUGAAAAACAAAGCCCCAGCUGAGGUGCAGAUAACUGCAGAGCAACUGCUAAGAGAAGCUAAGGAAAGAGAACUUGAGCUUCUUCCACCUCCCCCUCAACAGAAGAUCACAGAUGAAGAAGAGUUAAAUGAUUACAAACUAAGGAAGAGGAAGACUUUUGAAGAUAACAUAAGAAAAAACAGGACUGUGAUUAGUAACUGGAUAAAAUAUGCACAAUGGGAAGAGAGUCUAAAGGAGAUUCAAAGGGCUCGAUCCAUAUACGAACGUGCUUUGGAUGUGGACUAUCGAAAUAUUACACUCUGGCUGAAAUAUGCAGAAAUGGAAAUGAAGAAUCGCCAGGUCAACCAUGCCCGAAAUAUCUGGGACCGGGCCAUAACGACUCUGCCUCGCGUCAAUCAGUUCUGGUACAAGUACACGUACAUGGAGGAGAUGCUGGGGAACAUGGCGGGUGCCCGGCAGGUGUUCGAGCGCUGGAUGGAGUGGCAGCCAGAGGAGCAGGCCUGGCACUCCUACAUCAACUUCGAGCUGAGAUACAAAGAGGUGGAUCGGGCCCGCACCAUUUAUGAACGCUUUGUUCUUGUGCAUCCUGAUGUGAAGAACUGGAUCAAGUACGCCCGCUUUGAAGAAAAGCAUGGUUACUUUGCCCAUGCGCGGAAGGUGUAUGAGAGAGCUGUCGAAUUCUUUGGGGAUGAACAUAUGGAUGAACACCUUUAUGUUGCCUUUGCCAAAUUUGAGGAAAAUCAGAAAGAAUUUGAGAGGGUACGAGUGAUCUAUAAGUACGCCCUGGAUCGAAUUUCAAAGCAGGAAGCCCAGGAACUCUUUAAAAAUUACACCAUCUUUGAGAAGAAGUUUGGUGACAGGCGGGGCAUUGAAGACAUCAUCGUGAGCAAACGGAGGUUCCAGUACGAGGAGGAGGUGAAGGCUAACCCGCACAACUACGAUGCAUGGUUCGAUUACUUGCGCUUGGUUGAAAGCGACGCAGAGGCAGAGACGGUGCGGGAAGUCUACGAGCGAGCCAUCGCCAACGUGCCGCCUGUGCAGGAGAAGAGGCACUGGAAGCGCUACAUCUACCUGUGGAUCAACUACGCCCUCUACGAGGAGCUGGAGGCGAAGGAUCCGGAGAGGACAAGACAAGUUUACCAAGCCUCUUUGGAACUCAUUCCUCAUAAAAAGUUCACAUUUGCCAAAAUGUGGUUACUGUAUGCACAGUUUGAAAUAAGACAGAAAAAUUUACCAUUUGCCAGAAGAGCUUUGGGAACUUCCAUAGGCAAGUGUCCGAAGAACAAGUUAUUUAAAGGUUACAUAGAACUGGAGCUACAGCUUCGAGAAUUUGACAGAUGCCGGAAGCUUUAUGAAAAGUUCCUGGAAUUUGGGCCUGAAAAUUGUACCUCUUGGAUUAAAUUUGCAGAAUUAGAGACAAUCCUUGGCGAUAUCGAGAGAGCCCGGGCCAUCUACGAGUUAGCCAUCAGUCAGCCACGCUUGGACAUGCCGGAGGUGCUUUGGAAAUCAUAUAUUGAUUUUGAAAUUGAGCAGGAAGAAACUGAAAGAACACGAAAUCUUUACCGACGAUUGCUUCAACGGACACAACAUGUCAAGGUAUGGAUCAGUUUUGCACAGUUUGAGUUGUCCUCAGGGAAGGAAGGAAGUUUGGCUAAAUGCAGACAAAUUUAUGAAGAGGCUAACAAAACCAUGCGGAACUGUGAAGAAAAGGAAGAGAGACUUAUGUUGCUGGAAUCUUGGCGAAGCUUUGAAGAUGAAUUUGGAACAGUAUCAGAUAAGGAGAGAGUAGACCAACUCAUGCCAGAGAAAGUCAAGAAGAGAAGAAAGGUCCAAGCUGAUGAUGGGUCGGAUGCAGGCUGGGAAGAAUACUAUGAUUACAUCUUUCCGGAAGAUGCUGCCAACCAGCCCAACCUCAAGCUCCUGGCCAUGGCCAAACUGUGGAAGAAACAGCAGCAGGAGAAGGAGCCUGGCGAGGAAGACCCAGAUGCGGACGCUGCCGAGCAGGAGUCCGGGCCUUCCUGUUCCUGUUGAGAGAUGUUUUAUUAUUUUUAUAGAUGUAUAGUUUGGAACUCUUGCAAAUCCUGUAAGUUUUUGGAUAUUUCACCAGUGAUGAAUCGAUGGGAAUCUUUGGCAGCUACUUUUGAAUUAUUUUUAAAAGGUUCUUGGGUUAGUUACGGGUGGGUUGCAAGUAAAGGAAUCUUUUUAACUGUUGGAUUUCUUUGAGUCUCAACAUUUUGUGUUGUCCUAAUGCAACAUGCAUUAGGAAAUCCUUAAGGUAACACUUAGCGUGUCUUUUAGAUCGAACUGCAAAAUUUUGAAAGAGUCUUUUUUUAGAAGUUCUCAGUCACAUCUCACAGUAACUUUUCAGGUGAAGUUUUCUCAUGCUUGCCUUCUUCAUAAAGAUGUUUUAUGCAUUCAUCUGAAUCCUGUAACUUAUUUACAUCUUAAGAGUCACACUGACUUGAGUUCCAUUCCCAGCUCUGCCACUUGGUGAUACAUAACGUUUAUUUUCAGUUUCUUCACUCAUAAAAUGGGCUUUUGCCAGCUCAUUUUGAAGAUUAAAUUAGAAAGGGAGUAUUCCUGGCACAGAGUAAGUGCUCAAUAAAAUGUUCAUUCCUGGCCACUUUCUUAAAUAACGUUCAUUCCUUGUGGAAUUGAAUGUGCUUAGAUUAACUUCUAAAUAGCUAUACCUUCUUAAUGGCCAUUUAUACUAAGUGUUUUUGAAAACACCAGUUAGAAAAUAAUUUACAGUUACUGUAUUACUGAACAAAGUCUUUUUUUUUUACCAAAAACAUUUUAGUUGAAUUUCAGUUAUGCUGUAAUCAGUCUCCCAAACUAGUUGAGCUCUGCAGCGGCUUGUUUAAAGAAUAGUAAUGCAAGAGCUGUGAAAAACAAUGUCCCAUGCUCCAGUGAGUUUGGGAAACCCUAGGUUAAGGGUUAAGCCUUGUUGACAAAUCUCUUCAUAGUUAGGCUUCUCAGGGCCCUUGAUAACACUCCCUAUACAUUGUGAAUCCCCAGGUGCAAUGCUGGCUGUGCUUCCCAAACUUAAUGGACAAGGGAAUCAUCUCUACCUAGAGCACCAGUAAAUGUUGCCCGGCGUGCUGCAGUAGACUGUCUACCUGUAAAACCUGACACGUUCAACUUAGCCUCGAUUUAGAACGUGAAAAACAGCUGAGGUAACUAUAUGCUAAGUCAUGAAACAAAGCAGCACAAGAUGAUAAUGUACUUGCUGGCUGAUAUGCUGCUUAUAUUCUCAGGCAAAAAAUACUUGCCUUAAUUAACUCAUCUGAGAGAUUGUUUCCUUUAAUCCAGCCUGUAUUUCUCAAGCCUAUUUUUUUUUUGUUCACUACACAAGCUGUUUGACUAGAACCGUAUCUUUGUGUUUUUUUCACCUAUAAGGCCAAGUAGCAAAUAUACUGUUUGCAAAUUUAUUAUUACAUUUUCAAGUGUAUUAUUCACCCAAGGGAAUAAAAGCUAAUCAAUACAGUGUUAAAUUGUAUCUAUCUUGAAAAUUGGGGGCAGAAGGAAAUAGGACUAGCAGGUGAAAGCAACCUGCUCUUAGCCUCGCUACUUCAGUCACCUGACUAGCUUCAGCUGCUGGGAUCAGAGGCUCUGACUGUUGAGUUCCAAGGUCUGUCCAGUCAGCGAAGAGGAGCACUGCUCUGAGUUGGCUAAGUACACAGGGCCACGGGGUGAGAUGAAAACAGGCCAGAUGCUACUCUAAGUAAGUGACUAAUCAUAAUCAUGUUCUGUUUGUGUCACAUGUGUGUGUCAGGAAAAAAACUAGCAGUCAGGUUCUCAUGUAAACUCCUAAGGCCACUUUCGGGCAGGUAAUGUGCCAGUGUGAAAUGCAUGAAAGAAAAAAUUACUCUCCUGGGAGAACCUCACUUCUCUCUCACCCUCAACUCCGCCAAAAUAAGUCCUUUCAAAAGUAACAGGGUUUUAAUAAUCAUUUCUGUGAUUUAUUUCGUUUUCUUUAGCUACUGUUACUCACUGGAUAUUUUCAGAUACUGCAUGCGAUGAAAACUACACAUGAAAAUAUGUGGUUAGCCUGUGAUCUAAUUACGUGGCCUUUCUUUGGGAAUUAGGUUCUUUUUCCCCUUUAUUUUAGCAUCUUUUUGUAUUUUGUUGAAAGGCAGGAUUUAAGCAAAGCACUGUGAGACUAGACAAAGAAAAGACCUGAGACCAGCAGUAUGGAAACAAGUAUCUGGGAAGAACUUUGCAAUAAGAAGGACACUUAAGUGUGCUGGGCAGGGACUGUCCAAGUAAGCAAUUAAACAAUGCUUUGUAUAUAAAUGAAAAAUGUAAGGGAAACAACAUACCCUAAAUGAUGACCUUCUUCAAUCCUGAUAACCUGACGUUUAUAAAUGACCAAAAACCUUCCAGAAAACACUCGAGUCAACAGUGCAUUUUAUUAUACAUCUUAGAUUUACACAUUCCAUAUAUGCUUUUAAAGCUUCAAUUAACAGUUCAAUACAAAAUAAAAAAUAUAUAUGCAGCAGUGGUUCUCAGGCACAGAAUUGAGGAGGAGAUUGGAGCAAGCUUUUUCCCUAGCAUACCAUGAAUAUUACAUUAUGAACCAUAACAGUGGAAUGUUUCCUUUUGACCUAGCUGCCUUUUUUGGCUGAAUUUUAUUACAGUGGACAGCUUUAGAAGGUAUGAUAUUGCUAAUAGGAAACAAGACAAGUUUAUAACCUGUUUUUUUCUUGAAGUCUUUAAGAUCUAAACAAUUCCCUUUUCUCCUAAUAGAGCUCCAGGAUCAUCUAAUGAAAAUAAUAUUGUCCAUAAAAUAUCUGGAGCAUCAUCAGCCUAAGAACCACUGCUCGUGGUUAUUCAAUGUCUUCCGGCCUCACAGGAUGAGGUAAUGGUAUGAUGGAUUUCUUCUCAGUGUCCCUGGAAAGUGCUUUCCUCAUAUCUGUUAGGAAGCAAAGUUUAAUGUAAGUACCCAAAUGUCAGAAUAUUUUAUAUCAAAUUUAAAGUGUAUAGGUUAAGACGUUUUGUCCCCUACCCCCACUUCUACCAUAUUCUAAGAGAAAUGUAUUUGUAAGUGAUUCUCAAUCACAAGUACACCAAACCCCAGCUGGGAUCCAGCUCUUCCUACAAAUGUUCUUUUGACAGAACCUUAGUAAAAAUGUGUCUGUACCAGUAAAACAAUAAUUGACAGUAAUUAACCAAUGGUUAGUUAAUGUAAGUUAAUCAGUGGUAGGUUCUUAAGGGCAGGUUAAAGCAGAUUUAAUUAUAGCCCAGAUUUUAAAUAUGAUUCUCUUAAGUGUAUUAAAAUAGCCGAGUAUUUCAGUCUGUAGGAUGAAUGUAGACAUUUGGCUUCCUCUCAGGGGGGAGCUCACCGUAAGCAUCCUCAUCGGGCUCCCCGUUGCUGGCCGAAUAGUACUCUAUGACUGUCCUGUACACACUGUAGCCUAACUGCUUGUACAUGUUGACUGCAACUUGGUUAGACACUCUUACAAAGAGAUCAACAAAAAAUCCACCCUUUCUGUAAUUAAAAAAAAAAAAAAUUAGAAGUCCUUGAAAAUAAUACAUAAUUUUUAAAACUACUUUGACUAUUCAUAGGAUGGUACUAUGAAACCCUGCAGUCAAUUACAUCAUGUUAUCAAUUUUUACUGCUGAGGAUUUUGCAGUACAAAAGAUAACUAUAACAUUUCAAAACCUACAGGUUUUCUUAAAAGAUAAACUUUAAAUUUUUACCACAAUUCUGUUACCUGGCUUUAAAAAUCAUUUUACCAAUUAGUCAUAUAAUAGUUUCACCCAAGGUUUUGAAGAAAGCACCAAUGUGGCCUUGUAUAACUACAGGACACUGGUCACAGCUCUGAAGCCCUUGGGUCCCUCUGGUCAGUGACAGCCCCUUUCUUACCCAGGUCUCCAUGUCCUGACUCGUGUGGUCAUCAGCGCCUUGCUUUAUGCAGCAGACUUACCACCUGUUCUGGUUUAUGUUCUGGUUUAAUUUCUCCUGUUUGUGAACAUCACCUGAAUGGAGUGAAACUUACUUUACUCUUUAGUGACUCGCCUCCCAGUCGGUACUGAGUCAGUCCCAGGGCAGCUGGAGCUUGUCCGUCCUCCCUGUGUUUAGUGUGUCCCUGUAUGGACACACUAUGAGAUGUGAGAUGUCUGUGGUCCUAUACAUUAUCAACUAUGCUGCUACGAGUAUUUUGUUGUGUGUCUUGUGGUACAUCCAGGAUAUCUAAGGUCUGCAGUUAGUGUCACUGCUGGCUCACAGGGACACCUUCAACUUUAUCAGAUAAUGCCUGUCUCCCAGCCCACAUGUGCCACCUGACACUCCCACAGGAGGGGGUAGACUCCUGAUGGCAUCUCAGGGCAAUUUUAGCUGGCAUUUCUGAUUACUAACAAGGCUGAUUAUAUUUGUGUCCACCAUUAGAUUUCUCAUUCUGUAUGGUCUUUAUUGGUUGUUCUCCCCCACAUGUAGUUCUCUAUGUAUUCUGGAUAUUCAGCCUUGUGUAAAGGAUGGUGCAAGUCUUCUCCCCAAUUUGCAAAUCUUUUUCCAAUUUGUGACUUGUCAUCAUCCUUAUGUAUCGUUUGAUGAACAAAGUUACCGCACUCUAGUGAAGUUGAAUAUAUGACUUCCUUGCACUUUUUAGGGCUUGAGAAGUUCUUUUCUACCCUGAGGUCAUGGAGACACUCUCCUUUGAAGGGCUUUUUAGUUUUGCUCUUCACAUAUAGGUUUUUAAUAAAUAUGGAAUUGAUCUGUGCAUGAUAAGGUACUAAUGUGGGAAAAUCUUUUCCCAUAUGGAUAUCCAGUGGUGCCACCACGUUUAUUGGAAAGUGUAUCCUUCCCCACCACUGAUCUGCAGUUGCCUCCUCCAAGGUGUGUCUAAAGUCCAUGUGUUCCUGAGUCGGUGUCUCAAAUUCUGUUCCACUAGCCUAGACAAUUACUCCACUCACUUUUUUGCUGUUCAAGAGUGUCUUACCUCUUUUUGGCUCCUUCCAUUCCCUGUAAGUUUCAGAAUCAACAAGUUGCACGGAAAAGACUUGUGAUUUGGGUUGCAGUUACGCUGACUGUGGAUCAGUUACCUGUCUACUGUAGAGACGGCUAACUCUAUGCUGCAGCGGUAGUUCCUCCCUCCACUUAGGUAGGUCAUCUGUUCUGUCUCUGGGUAAAGUUGUAUAAACUUCAGAGAGGUCUUGCACAGCUUUUGUUAGAUUUCUCCUAAGGGCUUAAUGUACUGAUGCCAAUGCAAAUCACAUCCUCUUCUAAAUGUUACUGUUUGUAUAGAAAAGCAAUUUAAUUUAUACUAACUUUAUAUCCAACAACUUAGCUUAACUUUUAUUAAAAUUCUAAAUAUUUGUAGAUUCCUUCCUGUAGGUUUUCUAUUUGUACAAUCUUACCUAUCCAAAAUAACGGUUUUGUUUCUUCUCAAACCUUUUAUUUUUCUUGCUUGCUUCACUUGUAUGGUAGAGGAUGAUUUCCAGUAAAUUACUGAAGAGAAGCCGACUUUAGGCAUCCUGUCCUGUCCCAGAAAUCAUUCAGUGCAUCACCACUCAUAUUUACUACAGGUUUUCAGUUUUUCAGGUUAAGUAAGUUUUCCUAUUGCUAACAGUUUUUAUCAAGAGUGAACUCUGGAUUGUAUCAAAGCAUUUUCUACAUUUACUGAGAUAAAUAUUCUUCAGCCUAUUAACUGGUAGGAUACAUUCUAAUAUUAAAACAAACUUCCCCCGAUAUGUCAUCCUUUUCAUGAAUUGCUGAAUCCAUUUUGCUAAGAAUUUUCUGGGACUUUGCAUCUGUCAUGAGAUUUUCCUUCCUCUUGUCAGGUUUUGUGAUUGUUCCCUUUUUGUGUGUAAAAGUAAUCUUAGUGUCAUUAUUUCUUAAAUUGUUGGUGAAAUUUGCAAAUUUGCCAGAGAAGCCAUAGCUUUCUUUGUGGAAAGAUUCUGGCUAACUGACUGAAAUUAGUUAAGGCAGGGGUCAGCUUUCAACCUAUUUUUAUGCUGCUCUCAAGCAAAGAAUGGUUUUUUACAAUUUUGAAGAAGCAAUAGAGACCUUGGGUGGCCUGUGAAGCCUUAACGUUUACUAUCUGGCCCAGAAAAAGUUUGUUGACCCCUGUUCUGUACCCUUAAUCAAUUUCUGACUGUCCUAACAAUUAGGAUGAGGCAUGCUCAUAUCUCUAAUUAUGAUGAUUUGUCUAUUUCUUCUUGUAGUUUUGUCAACUGUUGCAUUUUUACUUUGAAUUUGUCACUGGGUACGUACAGUUUUUAAUUAUUACAUCUCCCUGAUUAACUCUUUUCAGUAUGCAGAUCCUUUUUUAUUUUCGUAAUUAUUGAACUAUAAUGUGACUGUUGUUAAUUUAAGCACACCCUGUUAGAAUUUGCAUAAUUAAAAAAAAUUUCUUUACUUUCGAUCUUUAACCUUUAUACAUAUUUCCUGUAAAUAGAAUACAGUUCUGACAGUCCAUUUUUUAAUGUUACUGUCCUAAGAAUACAUGAGAUCUACCCUCUCAAUAAAUUUUAAAUGUACACUAUCUUCAAGUGUAGGUAUACAACGUUAUAUAUCAAACUCUAGAGCUUAUUCUUCUUACUGAACUGAAACUUUAGUAACUUGACAUUUCCCCCGUCCCCAGCCACCACCAUUCCACUCUUCAUGAAUUUAACUACUUUAGGUAUCUAAGUGGAAUCACACAAUAUUUGUCUUCCUGUGCCUGGUUCACUUGGCAUAAUAACGUCUUUUAACUGGAGUCAUUAGUCCAUUAACAUUUGCUGUUGUAUUUAUCAAUUACUACAUUUAUCAAUUAUAUUUGGAUUCACUGCUACCGCCUUAUUUCAUGCGUUUUGUUUUGCUACUUUAGUUUCCUUUUUUUCUUUGGAAUUGACUUUUAUUAUCCUAUUUUUCUCUCUGGAUAUUAUAUACUGUUUCUAUUUUUAGUGUACACAUUUAAUGUAUACAUUAAAAAUAUAUGUGUGUGUGUGUGUAUACGUAUACACACACACACACCCUACACAAAUAUAGGCCACUUAAAUCUUAGCAACUAUUGUAAAGUAAAUGAACGUUUAGACCCUGUAAGGGAAGGGAGCAUAGUGGUUUUCUACUCUAAGAGAUGGUCUAUCCUAUAAAUACAUUAAAUCUGAUGUGCAAUUAGAACAGUUCCUAACUCCCUGUCAACUAUACAUGAUAAUGCCAAAUACUUGUUUUCAACAAGAUAUGCCAUUAACCAAUGUGUGUAAACUACAAUCUUGCUAAAGAUUUUCCCUCUUCUGUAUUCACUCUAGGAAGAAUUUUUUAAGUUCUUAAGGACUAGACUUUUUCAGCUAAAUUAAGAAUGAGCUCAGGUUCCUCUUGCCCUUGACUUGGCUCAGUGUUUUCAGGCCAUGGUUACUUCUUUAAAAUGUUCCACUUUAAUGGAUUUAAUAAAAGUAACACAUAGUGAGUGAGUGUUUGACACAUAAAACAGGUCUGAAAAAAAAGCUACAAUAUUUGCAGUUCUCAAACUCAUGGAGGUGCAUAUUUCAAAUGUUUGGGGAAAACGUAGGCAAACCUUACAUGUUGUACACUGGCAAACUACUAGCUUUAUAUAGUUCACAAAUACACAUCAUAUCACAUUAUAUUCCUUUUGGUGACAUAGUAUCUUUAUGAAGCCAGGCUUCUGGCAAUUCCUGUGAUUACAUGAAAAUCAACAUGGAACAAGAAUGCUGGCAGUUCUGCAGACUCUGGUUCCAAGGUUUGAGAAGCAUGCAAUGCCCAGCAGGUACACACAUCUCAUUAGGAGGUAACCACAGUUAUUUAACAAUGAAAUGAAAAUAUUUUUUUCUUCCUAAUAGCUACUAGCUUGCUGGGACACAACUGCUUAAGACUACACUUCUGUUUAGCCUAGGGCACUACGAGAAAAUGACUGAGAUGCCAAGGACAGUGUUAACGAAGAAUUUGGAAACACCUGCUGCAGUGGCAAGAACACUAACAGAAACCUUGAGGGCUAGAUUUUGAUUCCACCAGUUACCCAGCUCAUAAGCCUAUGGCAGGUCACUCACACUGCCUUAAUUUUCCUCAGUGGCCAAACAGGAACAAUAAUAUCACUCUGAAUAUGUGACAGAAUUGGUAUAAGGACUAUUAGAGGCUGAAAAUGAAAUUCCUAUGAAACUGCAUCAUGACAGAUGUUCAAUCUGAAGGAAAAAAUCUGAUAAAACAUUCACCAAGAGAAAACUCAAAUGGUUAGAGUUCAAAAAUCAUUUGCAAAGCAGGUGCCUACCUUUCUGAAAUCUCCUCUAAUAACUCCAUAAGCUUAGCAGCCAGACCAAGGCGUCGGAAUUCCGGGGCAACAGACAGAGCUGUGACGUGCCCGUGCCACUCUUCCCUCGCCACCGAGCCUUCUGCUUUGCCCAUGA